GAAGAAUUUCGUUGAGUUGUUUGGUUUAGGACUUUCGGGUGUGAAAAAUGCACGAUGCUGGCGUUUUGAGCUAUGUUUAUGUUUCCAAACUGUUUUGCCUGGAGUCUUGCACUAAUUGUCACAUGGGCUUUGGACCUGCCAUGGUGAACCUUCGUAGACGCAAGCUCUUAGGAUUGUGCUUUGAGGUUAAACGAAGAAAGAGACACAGAAGGAUGCAUGUCAAAAACCAAGAACCAUGCAUCAUGAGAGGUGUUUAUUUCAAGAAAUUGAAAUGGCAAGCUGCAAUUAAAGUUGACAAGAAACAGAUCCAUUUAGGAACUGUGGGCUCUCAAGAAGAGGCUGCUCGACUUUAUGACAGGGCCGCAUUCAUGUGCGGAAGAGAGCCCAACUUUGAACUGUCCGAGGAGGAAAAGCAGGAGCUCGGGAAAUUCAACUGGGAUGAAUUCUUAGCCAUCACCAACAAGAAAAACUACAGACAUGGCGGGACUGGGCCGCGGAGGAAGCUUCUAGACAACGACUGGGAGGGCGAGGAGCAAGGACGCAGUGGUCCAUCGGCUUCUGAAGAUGAUAUAGGUUAAAUGAAGAAAGAGGUACAGAAGGAAGCACGACGAAAACCAAGAACCAUGCAUCAUGAGAAUUGUCUAUUUCAAGAAUUUGAAAUGGCAAGCUGCCAUUAGAGUUGACAAGAAACAGAUCCAUUAAGGAACUGUAGGCUCUCAGGAAGAGGCUGCUCGACUUUAUGACAGGCAGUCGCGCACUUCCUCAAGUUAGAAACCCUCUGAAACACAUUCAACUCCUAAGUAUAUAAACCACCAUAUUUGGGCACAUUUGUGCGGCAAAUAUUGCUCGACGUUUCAUUCUCCUCUGAAAAAGGUGCUGGGACGCAUUCAUGUGCGGAAGAGAGCCCAACUUUGAACUAUCAGAGGAGGAAAAGCAGGACGCACUCUGCCAUUACCAACAAGAAAAGCUAGAGACGUCGUCGGACUGGGCCAUGGAGGAAGCUUCUAGACAACGAAUGGGAGGGCGAGGAGCAAGGACGAAGUGGUCCUUUGGCAUAUGAAGAUGAUAUGUUAGCACCAUAACAUAACCCUCCACUGAUCACCUGCUUUGCCACUUUUUUUUCUUCUUUUUCUUAUAUAAAUACAUAUAUUUUGGCUUAAGGCUAAAGAGUUUAUUCGGUUCUUGGUAUAUAAGCGCCCCUAUUAGGGCAGAUUCCGCAAGGAAAAGAUGCAUCAUUUUGCUGUAACAUCAUCAUUGUUUAUCAACUCUUGUCAGAGAAUUGUUAGUUUCAUUGCAAAAUUUAAGGUAGCAUCAACAUGUACAAUA